CGGAUCGUCCUCUCGAUGGAAUCCAUCGCGACGCGAGGAUUGCGAUCGGCGCCUUCGCAUUUCGUGCGAAUCGAACCAGCAUUCGCCCUGCCAGGGAUGAGACGCUGGCGCGCUUUAAGAAAAGAAGAGGAUCAUGUCCAUGGCGAUGGCUGCCGCCAAUCUGGAGCGAUCGAGCUUGGUGGCGACCACGGCAUUGCUCACGGUACGCGACUCGGUGAGCGCUCCUCGGACAUUCCGGCCGCACCAAGAUAGGCUCACAAUCCGGGAACACUUCGCGCUCUACAAGAAGAAUUCGCUGCGAAGAGUGGACAGAUGGGUGGGCAGUGACAGUCCAAUCUCUGUUCUAGAGAGGAUUGUCCAGGGUGCCAGUGACGAGCAGGCAUUGCGAGUGGCUCUGGACGAGUAUAGGGGACAAUUAUCUCCAGAGAUUGUCGGCAAGGUACUCCAGAGACUGAUCGAUCCAGGGGCCGCAUUGGUGUUCUUCGAAUGGGCCGAGACGAGAGAUGGCUACCAGCACGAGAUCUUUUGCUGCAAUUGCCUGCUCAACGUUCUCGUCAAGGCGCACCAGUAUAGCCAAGCUCACGAUUUGUUUCGGAGUAGAAUCGAGGGGCAGUGGGGCGGCGACACGGUCACUUACAGCACUUUGAUCAGUGGCUUCAUACGAGCAGGGAAGAUCUUGCCAGCCUACGAGCUCUUCGACGAGAUGAAUCGAAAGGGUCUCAAGGCUCACGCUGGAGUACACAAGAGCAUCCUCAGGGGUCUGUGCGAUGCCGGCCAGUGCUCGGACGCGGUGCUCCACUUUCGGGAGAUGAGCAAGACGUGCCCGCCGGACUCGGUGACUUACAACACGAUGAUCAACGGGCUCAGCAAGUCGGACAGGCUAGAUGAUGCUAUCCGGCUCCUGGAAGAGAUGGUGGACAAUGGCUUCGCUCCAAACGUUUUCAGCUACAACACCGUGCUGCAUGGUUUCUGCAAGGCCAACCGUGUGGAGAAUGCUCUCUGGCUGCUGGAGCAAAUGGUGACGAGGGGAUGUCCUCCGGACGUCGUGAGCUACACCACAGUGAUCAAUGGUUUGUGCAAGUUGGAUCAAGUUGAUGAGGCUUGCCGGGUGAUGGACAAGAUGAUCCAAAGAGGAUGCCAGCCAAACGUGAUAACUUACGGGACGCUGGUGGACGGUUUCUGCCGAGUUGGAGACUUGGAUGGUGCCGUGGAGCUCGUCCGGAAGAUGACGGAGAGAGGAUACAGGCCGAAUGCCAUCACUUACAACAACAUAAUGCACGUCUUCUGCCGGAGGAACGACAUGGAGCGAGCUCACCAAGUCUUGCAGAUGAUGAUCCAAACCGGCUGUCCUCCCGAUGCAAUCAACUACAGCACGAUCAUUUCCGGGUUCUGCAAGGCUGGAAAGCUACGCGAGGCACACGACCUUUUGGAGCAGAUGAUUCGACGUGGAUGUAGGCCGGAUGUUGCCUGUCUCAGCACUCUCAUCGACGCGCUUUGCAAGGCAGCAGCGAUCGACUCGGCGCAGGAGCUUUUGCGUAUGAGCAUCGGCAUGGACUGUGCUCCAGACGUGGUGGCCUACAGCAUCUUGAUCCACGCACUGUGCAAGGCUAAGAGGCUGCCAGAGGCUGAAAGCUGGCUGGACGUUAUGGUGAAGAACCGGUGCUACCCCGACGUGGUGACUUACAACAGUGUCGUGGAUGGUCUCUGCAAGUCCAGGCGGAUUAACGAUGCCUUUCUUCUGUUCGAUCGGAUGAGAGCAGCAGGCGUGAUGCCAGACGUGGUGACUUACAGCAUCGUCAUUCACAGCUUUUGCAAGGACAAUAACCUCGACUCGGCCUUUAAGAUGCUGGAGCGGAUGAAAGAGGCGAAGUGUGUUCCGGACGUGGUCACGUACAGUGCUCUCAUCAAUGGUUUGUGCAAGGCCGGGACAGUUGACAAAGCUUUUGACGUUUUCCAGGAGAUGCUGGGAUGCGGCUGUGCUCCCAAUCUGGUGACUUACAACACGCUCAUCGAUGGCCUCUGCAAAAUCAACAAAGUCGAGCAAGCAGCUGAGAUGCUGGAGAUCAUGAGGAAGCAAAGCUGUACACCGGAUUCUAUCACUUACACUUGUCUUAUCAACGGCCUCUGCAAUGCAUCUCGUUUGGAGGAAGCCUGGCGAGUUCUCAGGGAGAUGAAGGACAAAGGUUGUCUACCGGAUAGGAUGACUUACGGCACGCUUCUAAGAGCUCUGCAGAAGACCAACAAUCUGGAGCUAGUGGAGCAACUUCUGAAAGAAAUGGAGGCGACAGAAGAGGGGAAAAUGACUUCAAAUUUCGGCAAGGUUGAUGACAUUCUUAUUGGAAAAGAUACUGGUUAUUUAUUCAAGGGACAGUGGAACGCUAACGGAGCCAGACUGCACCGAUUUGUUAUAAGAGGUGAUGUGUUGAUGAUGGCUAUGGCGGUUCCUAUGGCCGCCUUGACGAGCCAAACUCGAGUUCUAGAUUCCAAAGACCAGCAGGGCCAAUUUUCUCCUAGGCCUCACCAGUACAGAGUAACAGCAGUAGCGACGCAAGGUGGUUUUCAUCACAAGAUUGUAAGGAUACUCAACAGCAGGUUUGCUUGGGAGUACGCAGAGACGGCACUGGAGAGAUUCACAGGGAAGCUGACGACGACAGUAGUCGGGAAGGUUUUACAGGGCGUUCGGAAUGGCGAUGCUGCCUUGGGAUUCUUCGACUGGGCUACUUCUCAAGAAGGAUACAACCACGACACCUAUACGUGCAACUGCUUGCUGCAAGCGCUCUUGAGGCUCAAGCGACCCAAGGAUGCGCUACAGGUGUACAGGAACAAGCUCUGCUGCUCGCCCAACAUGUUCACUUUUACCAUUUUGAUCCACGGGCUUUGCAGAGCUGGAGAUAUCGGGACUGCUUACGAGCUCCUCAAAGAGAUGCCCAGGCAUGGCGUUCCACAAAACGUUAUCCUCCACAACGUCGUGAUCAAGGGGCUGUGCAGUGCCAGAAAGCUUGACAGUGCUUUGGAGCUGUUCAAAGAGAUGGAAGAAUCGGGGAGCUGCCCGCCGGACGUGUUCACUUACAGCACAAUCGUGGACUCGCUCGUGAAGUCUGGGAAAGUGGACGAUGCUUGCCGGCUUGUGGAAGACAUGGUUUCGAAAGGAUGCUCUCCAAACGUUGUUACUUACAGCUCGCUGCUUCACGGGCUCUGCAAGGCCGGGAAGCUCGACGAAGCGACGGCUCUCUUGCAGAGAAUGACUAGAAGUGGCUGCUCUCCCAACAUCGUCACUUACAACACGAUAAUCGACGGUCACUGCAAGCUAGGAAGGAUUGACGAGGCGUAUCACCUCUUGGAAGAGAUGGUGGACGGCGGCUGCCAGCCAAACGUUGUCACUUACACGGUUCUUCUCGACGCAUUUUGCAAGUGUGGCAAGGCUGAGGAUGCCAUCGGCCUGGUGGAGGUGAUGGUGGAGAAAGGAUACGUGCCAAAUCUCUUCACUUACAACUCUCUACUGGACAUGUUUUGCAAGAAGGACGAAGUAGAGAGAGCCUGUCAACUUCUAAGCUCGAUGAUCCAGAAGGGCUGUGUUCCAAACGUGGUGAGCUACAACACAGUCAUAGCAGGGCUUUGCAAGGCAACCAAGGUACACGAAGGCGUUCUUCUCCUCGAACAGAUGCUUAGCAACAACUGCGUGCCAGACAUCGUCACAUUCAACACCAUCAUCGAUGCUAUGUGCAAGACAUACAGGGUCGACAUAGCUUACGAGCUCUUCAACUUGAUUCAGGAGAGCGGCUGCACGCCAAACUUAGUGACUUACAACUCGCUGGUUCACGGGCUUUGCAAGAGCAGGAGGUUCGACCAGGCCGAAUACCUCCUCCGAGAGAUGACGAGGAAGCAGGGAUGCUCACCGGAUAUUAUCACUUACAACACGGUCAUCGAUGGUUUGUGCAAAUCCAAGCGUGUGGAUCGGGCCUACAAGCUGUUUCUCCAGAUGCUCAGUGACGGUCUAGCUCCGGACGAUGUCACCUACAGCAUCGUCAUCUCCAGCCUCUGCAAGUGGCGCUUCAUGGACGAAGCAAACAACGUCCUGGAGCUCAUGCUCAAGAAUGGAUUCGAUCCAGGCGCGAUAACUUACGGGACGCUCAUCGAUGGCUUCUGCAAGACUGGAAACCUGGACAAGGCCUUGGAGAUCCUCCAGCUCCUGCUCAGCAAAGGCUCGUAUCCGGACGUGGUGACUUUCAGCAUCUUCAUCGACUGGCUGUCCAAGCGUGGAAGGCUUCGCCAAGCUGGUGAAUUGCUGGAGACAAUGCUGAGAGCUGGACUGGUUCCCGACACUGUCACGUACAACACACUGCUCAAGGGGUUUUGCGAUGCGUCUCUGACAGAAGACGCAGUCGACUUGUUUGAGGUGAUGAGACAGUGUGGUUGCGAGCCCGACAACGCAACGUACACCACCCUGGUCGGCCACCUUGUCGACAAAAAGAGCUACAAGGAUCUGCUAGCAGAGGUUUCGAAGUCGAUGGUGGACACCGGGUUUAAGCUCAACCACGAGCUCAGCUCCAAGCUCGAGGCUUCCGUGAGCGCGAGCUGACUGAGAUGAGUAUCA